GAAAGCAUUCCGGGAACAGAAAGAUCAAUAGCAAGAAAAUACGCCACACAUUACACUUUAAGGCGUUAUUGCUGCAGUCGCCUAUGAUUGGAUUUUAGUUGAACCUUUUUUAAAAUUAUUAUUUGCAAGUGCCUUUUAGUCGCAAAGAUGCCCAAAGGCUUUUUAGUGAAAAGAAACAAAAAAUCAGCAUCUGUUUCAUACAGGAUCCGCUGUGAUGAGGACGACAAGGACCAUUUGAAGGUGUUGCAGAACCAAAACACCUCAUCUCCACCUGUCUCUGUCUCAUCCAGUCCCGAUCGCGUUGCUGCAUCGCCAAACUCUACUGCUGACACUCCCGUUAGUGCCGUGGAGGAUGUGAAACCGGUCCAGUUCGGGAACCCGGAUAGCGUGUGCCUGGCUCUCUACAGCCCCACCCGCCCUAUCAGCAAAGAACAAGGGAGGACAUUUUUCGAGAGAAGUUUCAACCUGGGCUCCCCGAUAUCUGCCGAGUCCUUCCCAACCCCAGGGGUUCUGGCCACCUUAGACCAGUUCCUCUUUGCCCCAGUGGACUUGAAAAUCGGUUCCAGCAACAGCAACCAAAGCCGUGCCGCCAGCUCCAUUCUCCCUGCUACUAUCAGAAUCCCAAAUAAAAGACCUCUAUCAGACCCGGAGCGCAAAAGCAAACCCUCUGCAAAGAAACCCAAAACGAUCAGGAAACUUCAUUUUGAAGACCAAGUCACUACAUCCCCGGUCCUGGGUCUCAGGAUCAAGGAAGGACCGGUUGAUCUAAAACCAAGGCCACUGUCAGGCGGAGGGAACAAACCUCUGGGGGAAUUCAUCUGUCAACUGUGCAAAGAAGAGUAUGCCGAUCCCUUUUCACUAGCCCAGCACAAAUGCUCCAGGAUCGUCAGAGUAGAGUACAGGUGUCCAGAAUGUGACAAGGUAUUCAGCUGCCCUGCAAACCUGGCAUCCCAUCGGCGCUGGCACAAACCGAGACCCCAAAACCCAACCACAAUAUCAGCAGCUCCGAACGGCAAGCCUGAAAGCGCAAAGCUGCCAUCUGGUGACCUUAAGGCAAUGCCAGAAGAUAUAAAAGACACCAGAACCGAAAACGCGAACGACCGGGACACCCCCAGCCCGUGCUUUUCUGAAUCGGGUUCAGAAGAUGGCCUUAACGAUUGUCACCAUUGCGGGAAGAGGUUCAAACGCCAGGCUUACCUGAGAAAACAUCUUCUGGGACACCAAGCUCUACAGAACAAGACCAACAAAGAUCACAUCAUCCACCCGUCCUUUCCAAAUGCAGACAGCGGCGAGAAUCACAACCAGAUGUCCACCUCUGUGGAAACCCAAAGCCAAACUCCCAUCAAUCUGAGUUCCAUAGAGUGCCACCUGUGCCCCGUCUGCGGCGAGACCUUUCCCAGCAGAACGAGUCAAGAGCGCCACCUUCGCCUCCUGCAUUCCUCCCAAGUCUUUCCGUGCAAGUACUGCCCGGCCACUUUCUACAGCUCCCCGGGUCUGACAAGGCACAUCAACAAAUGCCACCCAUCAGAAAAUAGGCAAGUCAUCCUUCUCCAAAUGCCUGUCCGUCCUGCCUGCUAAAACCAGUAGAUCAGACGUGCCUUUAUUAAAAAAUAGAAAGAAAAAAGCGAAUGCCAUCUAUAAAGAGAUUGCAACCGGUUAUAACUGUAUGAUAUGGACACUAAACAGCGCAGCGCGUAUACACACUGUGGACUAUAUAAAUCCCAUUUUGAGAAGUCCCACUUUCAAACCUUACUGUGGACGUUUACAUAAUCUAUGGAGUUAUAACCCGAAGUCUAUAUUUUCCAGAUUCCUCUUACGGUAGUUUCAAAAACGUUAGUUUGACUGUUAGAAGUAUUUUUAUAGAACUGCUGCACAUGUUACAAUGUAAUAGCUUCUAGACCUAAGAAGGGAUGUUUCUAUAGGUGUAAUUUAUGUAAAAGAACAGAAAAACCACGCCUUCAAUUCACAGGCUGUACCGUUCUCUCUAUCACUUUAUUAGCUUUAUUAUGGCUUGUGAACUGAUUCGCUGGACAUUGGCAUGUAGCGUUGUCAUGGAACAAACAAAAAAUCUUUAGACAUUCCUUUAGUGUAGCCAUAAAUGCCUUGAAUUACUGUUACUUUACACAUAACCAAUCUUGCUGUAAAACUGCCUUAAAAGUAAACUGUGAACAUUCAUGUGAUUGUUUCAAUAUUUAAUGAGGAUGUUAUGGGUUUAUUAUUACCGCAAUAUGUGUUGGUCAAUAAUUAUUUUAUUUAUUUAUUUAUUUAAAUCGCAAUGGGU